CUGUCGGUCGGUGUGUCCCGGAGCCGGUACCCGUGACCCCGUCGGGGCCAGGAAGGCCAUGGUUUCCCUGCCUGGGCGGCCGGCAGCCAGCUUGCUGCGGUUUUUGUUCCUGGGGCUGAGCGCCCUCGCGUCUCCCGCGCGGGCCCAGCCGGAGCUGCACGUGCCCGCGGGCCUCUCCAGGUUGCAGGCGGUGGAGGGAGCGGCCGUGGUGCUCCCGGCGUGGUAUACCCUCAAAGGAGAGUUGUCUUCGGCCCAGCAGUGGGAGGUGCCCUUGGUGAUCUGGUUCUUGGAACAGAAGGGGAAACAGCUGAAGCAGGUAUUGUCGUACAACAAUGGGGUCGUCUCAAGCAAACGUGGAGUAUCCCUGGUCCACUCCAUGCCCUCCCGGAACGUGUCACUUCAGCUGCAGGGCCUCCGGGAGGAAGACUCGGGGUCUUACCACUGUUCUGUGAAUGUGUAUGACAGUCAAAACGUAGAUAAGGGCCACAGCAGCGCAAUUCUAGAGCUCAGUGUGCUGGUUCCUCCAGCUCCUCCAUCCUGCCGUCUUCUGGGCGUGCCCCGUGUGGGGACCAACGUGACUCUGAGCUGCCAGUCCCCAAGGAGUAAGCCCGCUGCCCAGUACCAGUGGGAACGGCUGCCCCCAUCCUCCCAGGUUUUCUUCGCGCCAGUUUUAGAUGCCGUCCGUGGGUCCUUAAGCCUUACAAACCUGUCUACUUCCGUGUCUGGAGUCUAUAUCUGCAAGGCCCACAACCAGGCAGGCAGUGCCAAGUGCAACGUGACGCUGGAAGUGAGCACAGGGCCUGGGCCUGCAGUGGUAGCUGGAGCUGUUGUGGGCACCCUGGUUGGAUUGGGGCUGCUGGCUGGGCUGGUCCUCUUGUACCAACGCUGGAACAAGGCCCUAGAGGAGCCAGCCAACGACAUCAAGGAGGAUGCCAUCGCUCCCCGGGCCCUGCCCUGGCCCAAGGGCUCAGACACAAUCUCCAAGAAUGGGACUCUUUCCUCUGUCACGUCAGCACGAGCCCUUCGGCCACCCCAAGGCCCUCCCAGGCCUGGUGCAUUGACCCCCACGCCCAGCCUCUCCAUUCAGGCCCUACCCUCACCAAGGCUGCCCAGGACAGAUGAGGCCCACCCUCAGCCAGUACUGCCCAGCCCUGGUGGGGUUUCUUCCUCUGCCCUGAGCCGCAUGGGGGCUGUGCCCGUGAUGGUGCCCGCCCAGAGUCAGGCUGGGUCUCUGGUGUGAUGGCUCAGCCACUCAUUGGCUAAGCUGUCUGGUUUCUCUCCUUCCUAUGGGGUCACUCCUAGCACAGAGGCCUGAAUCUUGGGAGGGUGACAUGUUGCAGACCGACAAUCCUCUGCCCUCACCUCUGUUUAUGGGAAAUCUGAGACUCAGUAAGACUCUAACUUGUUGGAGGUAGAAGGAGACGAUGCAGUGGACCUGGAAUUAGGAAGAGCCCCCACUCUCUCCCCCACCCCACCCAAUGACGGCAGCUGAAUGCUGAUGAGACUGGCUACCCACUCCCCGCUGCAGGCCCUGGUGGGUAUCGCCAGUCAAUGAGUCUUCAGGCUCCCCUGCUCUGCCCCCCACCCUAUCUAAUGCCAUCCUCUGCCCUCACUCCAGCUCCCUGCAUUCAUAUAAACUGUCUUGCUGGCUUGGUUGGGUUUUUGGUGGGGAAGGGGUUAGGGAAGAGAUUUUUAAAAACUAACUUGAAAUGUACUUUUGUUUUUGUAUACAUCAAUAAAAAAACUGU